AUGGUUGAUGAAAUAAAGGGUGAAGGACCAGAGGAUGUUGAUACAAUUGGGGUAUAUGUAGGAAAACGAAACGCUGAGGGCGAUAGACAUGGAGAGGGUUGGGCACUCCUGCCAAAUGGGGACUACUACACAGGGUGCUACUGCAGAGGACAGAGGAACGGGAAGGGUUUGUACGUGUUCAAAAAUGCUGCCCGAUAUGAAGGGGAGUGGCGCCGAGCCAUGAAGUACGGAGUGGGGCGCAUGGUGUACCCAGACGGCUCGCGUUAUGAGGGAGACUGGCGACACGACGUCAAACAAGGAUUCGGAGCCUACUAUUACCCAAACGGGGACAUUUACGAAGGCGCCUGGUUCAAGGGUAAACGUCACGGCCUCGGCACGUACUUCUUCGCAGAACAUCAGAUUAAAUUCAUGGGCACAUGGGUCGAAGGAAUGAUUCAAGGUCCAGGGCAAAUUAUCUACCCUCGUUACCGCUACCAUGGCUCUUGGCUAAAGGGAAAGCCUAAAGGUCCUGGGUGCUUCGUUUUCGACACGAAUUGUAUGCAACAUGGAUUCUAUUUGCUAGUCAAUGAUCCAGAGUCUUUGGAAUUUGGCGAAGGCGAAGAGGAGAAAGAAGAAAAAGAAAAUAAGGAUGAAAGAGUAGAAGAGGAAGAGGAUGAAGAAUUUGAUGAAACAGCAGGUAAAGUAGCAACAUGGCGUGCAAGGAACGUCACAGCUUAUUUGGCGGACUUCCUACCACAAGAGCCAGUUCCAUUGCCUGUACACGAUUCAGUACCUUCCCUUAAUGACGAAAGCUGCGUCAUUACUGAUGAAUUACAGUUCGAUCUACCUUCCGUCUCACCCGAAGACGAAGGAGGCGAUGACAAUGAUUCCUGGCUCCUACAUAGACAACAGUUCCUUGAAGAAACGGAACAUAAGGAUGGAGAUAAAGCUUGA